AUUCUAAGUAUGUAAUCAUUGGUGGAAACGGAGAUGCAAUAUAUAAACGACUGAUGAAAGUUGCCGGAAGGGAAGAUCUCACCACCGCAGAAUAUGAAACCAAUAAAGAACGUGUAAAACAUGGAGAAAUGAUCGAUAAUGCAAUUUCAGAUUGGACGCGUACUUGCACAUCCAAAGAAGUGGUAGAAAAAUUAGAGAAGGCUGAGGUACCAUGUGGCUACAUAUAUAAUAUUAAAGACAUUGUUGAAGAUGAACAUGUUCAGGAGCGUGAGUUACUUGAAACAGUUCAUGUUGCUAAUACGGAUAAUGAAGGAUGGGAUUUAAAGAUUCCCGCAAUGUCUCCAAAACUAACCUCUACACCUGGUGAAACAAAAUGGGCAGGCCCGAAUUUAGGACAACAUAAUCGAGAAAUUCUAUUUGAUAUAUUAGGAUUGGCCGAAGAUGAUGUUAAAAAAUUGCAGAAGGAAGGAAUCGUUG